GAUGAGAUCCCGAUUGAUGAGCAGACGCACUACCCGGACGCUUCCCCUUUGUGGCUGUGGAUUCAACAAAGACAUCAACCUACCUCGAUUUUAGCCAUUUACAGCAGGCGAACUUACCUGCCUUACAUCACUCGUCGUCUCAACCAACCAAUCGUCUCCAGAAAAUCCUCACCAUGUCUCGGGCAGGAACUUGGAUGAAGAUGCUCGGCGUCGGCAUCGUCAUCUGUGUCGGCGGUCCGGCAUUCGUCCAAUACAUCCGUCCUACCGAUGAAGAAUUGUUCAAGCGUUACAACCCCGAUCUUCAGAAGCGGAGUCUGGAGGAAGGUGAUCGCCGAGCUCGGGAAUUUGAUGAAUAUGUUACCCGGUUGAAGCAAUGGUCCAAGUCCGACAAGUCGAUUUGGUACGCGGCUCAGGAACAACAGGAACAGAAGCGCGUGGAGGCUGAGGUACAACGGAACCAGGCCAGGGACGAUGCUAAGGUACAACGUGAGGAGAUGAGAAAGGAACUGCUGGGUGAGAAAUAAGCUUGUCGCAGCGAUGCGUCUCCACUGGAGCGAUUCUGCAGUGACUGGCCCUUUUCUUUUCGCUGGAAAGGUGCUGGAUCGAACAUGAUGCUAGGAAGGACCGUUGACUCCUGCAUCGUCUUUGUAUUUAUACCCUUUGCGUCUACCUGAGACUUGACCAAAAGCAUUGAGGGGGAAAGCAUUCGGCUUAGAGUUUGUGGAGUUUCGGAGGCUAUGGUCUAUACUGUAUUAUAUUUCAACGACUGAAUGGAAAUCCUACGCUUGCA